AUGGUUCAAAUCAAGAGUAAAAAGAAGAGCUUACCAUCCAGACACAAUCCUACGAAACCCAAGACUGCACCAGAACGUGAAGCAUUCGGCCAAGAAUUCAACUUGGAAACAUGGCACGAUUCAAGAACCAAACAAUCUAAACAGAGACAACGAGACGCUGCCGACAUUGAAGACGCCGACGAAUCAACCGUAAUCGAUACAAAAACAUCUCAAAAGAUCCUAUCGCUAGCCCGUGAACAGCAAGACGAGCUAAACCCGCACGCUAUAUCAUCAACAUCAAGCAAGCACAGUAAAAAACAGGUCAAGAAACAACAACCAGUCGUAGAAGAUAGCAGCGACGAAGAAGAAUAUUUAGAGGAUGAUGGUGGUCUGCCGCUAUCAUAUGAUGACGCGGAGGCUGAAUUAGGGAUUGACGCAUCAGAUCAAGCUAUAUUGGAAAAGUUUAUGUCUAGUCAGCAACCAAGACGGCAGUUGGCGCUUGCUGAUGCUGUCAUGGAUAAAAUUAGUGCUGAGAAACAGGUUGUGGCUGCUUUGGCGGCUGCAAGUACGGAUAUGGUGGAGGAAGGCGAUGGUGAAGAGGAAGGAAUGGGACAGUUGAAUCCUAAAGUUGUCGAGGUCUACACCAAGGUCGGAAUGAUUCUCUCACGAUACAGGUCAGGCAAGCUCCCCAAAACCUUCAAAAUAAUACCAACCCUCUCAAACUGGGAAGACAUCCUCCUCCUCACAAACCCCGAAACCUGGACUCCACACGCCACAUACCAAGCAACCCGUAUAUUCUCCUCAAACCUAAAAGCAAACAUGGCACAGCGCUUCUACUCGGUCUUUCUCCUCGACAGGAUCCGAGCCGAGAUAUCCGAGACCAAGAAACUAAACGUCCAUUUAUACAAUGCAUUGAAAAAGGCAUUAUAUAAACCAGCUGCGUUUUUUAAGGGAUUCUUGCUGCCGUUAUGUGAAUCAGGGACGUGUACGUUGAGGGAAGCGGCUAUUAUUGGGUCGGUACUGACAAAGAUAUCGAUACCGGCAUUGCAUUCUGCUGCAUGCUUGCUGAAACUGGCGGAAUUGGAAUAUACAGGUGCUAAUAGUUUGUUUAUACGGGUGCUGCUGGAUAAAAAGUAUGCAUUGCCGUUUAAGGUGUUGGAUGCGCUGGUGUUUCACUUCUUGAGGUUUAAGAAGGAUGAACGGGAUAUGCCAGUGUUGUGGCAUCAGUCCUUGUUGGUGUUUUGUCAAAGGUAUAAAGCUGACUUGACGGAUGAUCAAAAGGAGGCCUUGUUGGAGUUGAUUAAGCACAAGAUACAUUAUGCCAUAUCUCCUGAAGUCAGACGCGAGUUGUCGCACUCGGUUGGUGGAGCAGCAGGAGAGUUGGUUGCAGAGGAGGAUCUAGAGGAUAGUGAUGUAGACAUGCUCUGA